UCUAAUAUAGUUUGUCAUAAAGAGCAGUGAUUUUAUACUUUCUGUGUUAUUAGUAAUUAGCUUUACCAAUCUAGAGCAAUGCUUCGUUUAUUUAUGAGAACGAUGACUACUUCGACAAUAGCCGUUAAACCUCCGAUUUCAGUUUUUGGUGUGGAAGGUCGUUACGUGACCGCCCUCUACAGCGCCGCCUCACAGAAGAAACAACUGGAAGCAGUAGAAAAAAGUCUUAGAGACUUUCGGAAACUACUCACUAAACCUAAAAUAGUGGACUUCAUAGAAACCAGUUUGAUAUCUCGAGCCGCUAAAGCCAAAUUAUUGAUAGAAGCCGGAAAGCAAGCCGGAAUGCCGGAUACCGCAGCAAAUUUUCUAGGACUCGUAGCUGAGAAUGGGCGGUUGAAGAUGUUACGGCGCAUGAUCAACAUGUUCCUAUCAGUAAUGGUGGCUCACAGGAACGAGGCUCUAUGCGAGGUCAUUACUGCGGAGCCACUCGACGAGGCGACCAGGAAGACUCUCGUAGAAACAUUGAAGAAGUUCGUCAAAUCAGGACAGAAUAUCCAACUGACGGAGAAAGUCAGACCCUCCAUUAUUGGGGGAAUGAUUGUCGGUAUUGAAGACAAACACAUCGACAUGAGUAUUGCUAGGAAAGUGCUCAUGUAUUCAGAGUUAUUGAAGAUAGGUAUCUUGUAGACAACGUUGGACAUGUGAUAAAAAUGCUUUAAUUCGAA